GAGUGAGCCUGAGUAAGGUUGAUCUUGUUGAGGCUCACCAAGUACGAAAUCACAGUUUUAUAUUGAACGCUCGAGUCCGCACACGACGGUGAAGGAGUCGCCUUGAUAUCCCCCUGAGCGAUAGAUAACAUCGUCUUUGGUUGGAUUCUGUGAGCAUAAGUAGCGCUAGCUCAGCAAGUCGAUUUGCUCAAAGUGGUAUCCUGGUAUUUAGUAGUCGUAUGUAAUCGGAGCCCCGACUAUUACGCAGUUAUAACUUAUUACAGCGCCGCGCUGCCUUUCUUCUCAUCCACGACCAUGAAGAUAUUCUCGCUCUCAGUUGUUCUUGCACCCUCCUCAGGACCUUGUUCAGUUCUUAGCUCUACGUCAGAUGUCUCUAGUUUCUCGUUCUACCAGAGAAGUUCCGUCAGCGAGUUUUUAACGUUCUUCACCAAGACGGUCGUGGAGAGAACUCCUCAGGGUCAACGACAGAGUGUACAAGAGAACAAUUACACCGCACAUGUGUACAACAGGGGUGGUGCAGAGCAGCUUUCAGCCAUCAUUAUUACUGACCAUGAAUACCCCGUUCGACCUGCAUUCUCUCUUCUGACAAAGCUGCUUGAUGAUUUCACUACCAAAGUCCCCCAAUCUUCCUUCACAAACCCCGGGUCGAUAUCAUUCCCAGAGAUCCAGACCUACAUUCAGAAGUACCAGGAUCCUCGGCAAGCUGACACAAUUAUGCGAGUACAACAAGAGCUAGAUGAGACGAAGAUUGUUUUGCACAAGACUAUCGAGUCUGUUCUCCAACGCGGGGAGAAGUUGGAUAACCUUGUGGAGCGAUCAAAUGCCCUAUCCACGCAGAGCAAGAUGUUCUACAAGACAGCUAAGAAGCAAAAUGCAUGUUGUGUCGUCAUGUAGACGGCGAUCGUUUUGCUUUCCUCAUUUAUGCAUUCUCCGAAUUGCGGUUGUCGGUCGUUACGUCGGACUAGGUAAUUAGUCAGACAUUCGUUAGUUCGAUAUUCAUUGUUUCGCCUGCCGCUCGUUGUGCUAGGGAUAUGGCUGAUGAUUUGAUGAGCCAUUUGUGAAUAAGAUUGCAUGUGAUUAGAGUAAGCGAAUGGGGUUAUUCUGCAGCCAGCCGACCUGCGUGUAGUACCUAACCAUUGGGAGGAUGGAUACAUUGGACGCUCGGAGUAUAUUGGAUGACUUCUGUUGGGCAAAAAUAUUCCCUUAGUAAAUGAUAUAUGCAUUAAGAGG